CUAAUAAACUCAAAAGAAGAAGAAGCCACAAAAACACGGGUUUAAAUGGAUCAGAUGAGCGGUGGUCUAAGGUUUACAUGAAAAGGAAACUCAAUUCAACUUUGGCUUCUUUCAUAUUCAUGUGAGUCAUCCUACUAUGUGAAUUGUUGAGAGUACAGUCGAAAGUCUUCACUAAUCAAGUGCAAUAUGUCAAAAAUUGGUGCAGCUACACAAAAACCAUCCAUGAGCCAUAAUGGUUCCAGUGCCAGCAGCUUUAAAGAAAUUCAUAUUGAUGAAGAAGUCAAGAUAGCAGUGACCUUGGCUUUAGAGAGGUUUCAGUACAGUGACCAGAAAGAGAUGGAAUUUCCUUCCUCCUUGACCAGUACAGAGAGGGCUUUCAUUCAUCGAAUGGCCCAAUCUCUGGGUUACAUUUCUAACAGCAAAGGAAAGGGACCAAAUCGCUUUCUCACCAUCAGGAAGAAGAAUGAAACGGAUAAUCCUCAGCCGACCAUUCCCAUGACACUCUCCCAGAAUACCUUAUAUUUUAUCCGCAGUUUGCUACAGAGGUUUCCCAUCAGCAAGAAGGAACGCAUAGAUAUACAACCCAAUGAAAAAAGUGGCAUAUCUGUGUCUGCAGAACCUGGUGACUGUCAUUACAACAGUUAUGACAAGAACAGAGCGAGCGGACGCUUAAACAAUGGGAUUCCUAUGGUUCCUCGUCGGAGAAGUCCAUCAGAGCUAGACAGUUUUCGAUGCUCCCUGCCUGUGUAUGAACACCAGGAGGAGAUCAUCCAAAUUAUCAAAAAAAACAGGGUCGUGCUCGUGUUGGGAGAGACUGGCUCUGGAAAAACAACACAGAUCCCACAGUUCCUUCUGGAUGACUGCAGCAAGAAAGGAGAGUCCUGCAGGAUCUUCUGCACUCAGCCCAGACGUCUGGCUGCCAUUGCUGUGGCUGAUAGAGUGGCAGCUGAGAGGGGGGAAGGUGUGGGCCAGACUGUCGGCUAUCACAUCAGACUUGAGAGCAGGGUAUCUCCCAAGACAUUGCUGACUUUUUGCACCAGUGGAGUACUCCUCAGAACACUGAUGUCUGGAGAUGCCAGCUUGACAACUGUCACACAUGUCAUUGUGGAUGAGGUGCAUGAGCGUGAUGGUCUGACUGACUUCCUCCUCACGAAGAUGCGGGAUGUGCUUCAGAAGAUUCCCACACUAAAACUGAUCCUCUCUAGUGCAGCUCUGGAUAUAGACCUGUUUCGUCAAUACUUUGGCUCCUGCCCAGUUAUUCACCUCAAAGGAAGACACUUUGAGGUGAAGGAGUUCUUUCUAGGGGAUAUUCUGAGGCUGACAGGUUUCACCAGUAAGGACAUGAGGAAAUACAAGGAAGAGACAGAAACAAAGGAAAGAAAACAGAAAUAUUUAACAGAGUGGUGUCAGGCAGUGCAAACCAGUUCUGUUGGGGAGAAACAGAGCACCCAUGCCAAAGGCUUCCUCCCUGACAGUGGCUGUGGGACUAGGGGCUUUAAGCAGAAUGAGAAUGACACUGAACAGAUGGAACCAUGGCUGAGGAGGGAGAUGGACUCAUGCAUUUCUAGCAUUUUCCUAAAUGAGGACCAAGAUUCUUUUAUUCAGCUCUUCAAUCUGAUCCUCAGUGAAAGUGUUAAUGUGGACUACAUGCACAGUGAAACAGGGACCACAGCACUGAUGGCAGCAGCAGGUCGAGGAUUUAUUACACAGCUGGAGCAACUCCUCAGUCUGGGUGCUGACAUUAACAUCAAGGCAUCCAAUGGAUGGACUGCCUUAGACUUUGCCGAGCACUUCCAGCAGACUGAUGCUGUGGAUCUGUUGAAAUCAUCCAUUCCUUUGGGAGAGGUGAGCAACCUCGAUGAGUCAGCUCUGGUCCAGUGUGGCCCUGAGAUGAGCUUAGAAGAUCAAGAACUUCUCAGGCUGUACCAUCAUAGCUUUGACGAUCAGUGGGUAGACCUGGAGCUCAUCAUGAAUCUGCUGCACAACAUUUGCUCCAGUACCAGUGAUGGUGCCGUCCUAAUUUUUCUUCCUGGAUAUGAUGAAAUAGUGGAACUCAGGGACCGCAUCCUCCAUGAUGAUAAAAGAUUCUCCGGCCAAAGUGAGAGGUACCAUGUGUUUACUCUACAUUCAGACAUGCAGACUCAGGAUCAGAAAAAAGCCUUAAAGACCUCUCCUCCUGGUGUCAGGAAGAUAAUUCUUUCUACUAACAUAGCUGAGACGAGCAUCACUAUCAAUGAUGUUGUUUUCGUCAUUGAUUCUGGAAAGGUCAAAGAGAAGUCUUUUGAUACUCUCAGCAAUGUGUCCAUGCUAAAGACUGUGUGGAUCUCAAAAGCCAGUGCUCUGCAAAGGAAAGGAAGAGCCGGGCGCUGCAGGCCGGGGAUUUGCUUCCAUCUCUUUAGUCGACUCAGGUUCAACAAUAUGCUGGAAUUCCAAGUUCCACAGCUCCUCCGGAUGCCUCUACAGGAACUGUGUCUGCAGACCAAACUGCUGGCUCCCUCCUCCUGUCCAGUAGCUGAAUUCUUGGCCAAGGCUCCCCAGCCACCUUCCACACAUGCUGUCCGGAAUGCUGUGCAAAUGCUGAAGAAAAUAGAUGCUAUGAACCAGUAUGAAGACCUGACUGAUCUGGGCUACCACCUGGCUGAUCUACCUGUGGAGCCCCAUCUGGGGAAGAUGGUGCUGUGUGCUGUUGUUCUUAAGUGUCUGGACCCCAUUCUAACCAUUGCCUGUACUCUGGCAUAUCGUGACCCUUUCAUCCUUCCCACCCAAAGCUCACAGAAGAGAGCUGCUCUAAGCUGCAGGAAACGCUUCACUUCCAACACCUUUAGUGAUCACAUGGCCUUACUUAGAGCUUUCCAGGCAUGGCAGAAGGCUCGCAGUGAAGGUUGGGAGAGAGGCUUCUGUGAGAAGAACUUCCUGUCCCAGGCUACCAUGGACAUGAUACUUGGCAUGAGGACACAACUGCUAGGACAACUCCGUGCAAUUGGUUUUGUGCGAGCCCGUGGGGGCUGUGACAUCCGUGAUGUGAAUCUAAACUCGGAAAACUGGGCAAUGGUGAAGGCAGCCCUGGUAGCUGGCAUGUACCCAAAUAUGGUUAAUUUCAACAAAGAGUCUACCCUGAAGAAGCUUCACUUUCAUCCCACAUCUGUCCUAAGCCAGUUUCAGUUUAAGGAGAAGAACCAAACCAGAAUGGCCCAGGCCCUUCCCACAGAUUGGAUGAUCUAUGACGAGAUGAGCCGAGGCCACAGGAUGGUCACUGUCCGCUGUUGCACCCUUGUGACUUCUAUCACUGUUGCCAUAUUUGGAGGUUGUGCCAGAUUACACAGCUCUGCCCUCCAUGAACCUGCUGUACAGAAAACUAAUGAAAGUCCACUGGAUGACAUCAGUGACAGUGAGACAGAGGAUCUAUCCGAGAUAAGGAUAGAUGACUGGCUCGUCUUUGAAAUGGACAGAGAGGCUGCAGGAUUGCUGUCUGAACUGAGGCAGAAGUGGCAAAGCUUAUUUAUCAAGAGGAUCCGUUGUCCUUCAAAGCCCUGGUCACAACAGGAUGAGGCUGUCAUUCAGACUCUGGUUUCAGUGCUUGGAGCAGAGGAGCAGGCAGCAGGCCUGCAGCAGCCCACUGGCAUUGGUCAGCGGCCUAGGCCCAUGCCAUUAGAAGAAGGAACAAGGACCUCUGUGAAAAAACCCCAAAAUACUCCCCGACUUCCUACAACCUCCACCACCAAUGACAGGUCUUGUCUAACAACAGCUUCAGACCUAUGUCAAAUUCAAGCCCACGGCCAAGAUGAGCCCUCCCUGUCCAGAUAUCAGUUCUCUGAUCAUCAGUCUUCCAGUAUUUCUUCCUGCUCUGCGACUUUGGACUGUCAGUCAGAUACCGUUGAUCAUUUCUCCUCAAGAAAGCUGGUUGUGAAGCCUGUGUGCACUCAGCUGGCCUGCCAUCAGACAUUAGUCCGAUACUUUAUUAUGAAAAGCAGCAACAUCAGGAACUUGGAAAUUUCUCAGCAAAAAGGCAUCUGGUCUACUACACCAAGCAAUGAGACCAAACUCACCAAGGCCUUUUUGGAGAAUAGUGCCAUCAUCCUUAUCUUCUCUGUUCAGGGCUCUGGACACUUCCAGGGCUAUGCUCGCAUGACGUCUGUCGUCAGUCAGGAGGAGAGCUGUCAGGACUGGGGCCUCAUGGAACUAGGAGGGGUUUUCAGUGUAGAAUGGAUACACAAAGAAAAUAUUCCCUUCCAGUGCACCCAGCAUAUCCUCAACCCAUGGAAUGACAACAAGAAGGUCCAGAUUAGCAGGGAUGGGCAGGAAUUGGAGCCACAAGCUGGAAGCCAGCUGCUGUUGUUAUGGGAGAGAAAUUCUGGGAAUCAAGUUAAAUGAGAGGUAGCAGUCAAAAACCUCUCUCCACACUCAUUAAGUUUUGUUAAUAUAUCUCCUUAUACCUGUUGUUAUAAAACUUUUACUUAUUACACGUAUUACUUCUGUUUUACCUUCAGUGGUACACUGUUCUACUAGUUAAGGCUACGUAGCAGGAGCAUGGAAGAAGGGCUGACUAAUUGUAAUUUUUUUUCCCUUGUUAAUACACAAGUUCAGUUUAAGAAUGUAUUCAAAAGGAUAAUGAUCUGUUUGUUCAGAAUAAAAUAUCUGAAGCUUUAAAAAACUUUCUAAACAGGGUUUUAAAAAGUCUGACAAGAAAAUGAAUGAAAGAAAAAUGCUUGUACUAUGUUUGUAAUAUGUUGACAGUAAGGGUGUACUGUUUUCAUCAUACAUUUUAUUGUGAAAUUGUGAUGUCCAGUUAGUUUGAAUUACAGAGUUUUGACAGGGUCAAAUGUUUACACUGUGUUCCAUUUAUAGCAAAUAAACAGUGAUUCUUGUUGCCAA